AUGGCUGCAGUCGCUCUUACAUCUGAAGGUGAGGAAGACGUCACCGCUAAACUCGCACAAGUCCAUCUCGACGGUAGCUCCGACGAAGCUCCUGAGGCAGAUCAAAUAAAAGUAGGAACGAAGAAGAAGAAAAAGAAGAAGAAACCCAAAAAUAAAAAACCUGCCAACAAAAUUCCUCCCUUGAGUGAAAUUCCUCCCGUUGAACCUACACCUCCUCCCGAAACUCCGCAAGAGACAGCGAAAUGGACUGUUUUGUUAAAGAACAAUCGAAGGAAAUUGACUCUCCCUGCGUUUGGACUGUUAGAUGAGACUAGUAGAUCGAUUUUAGAUACUUUCUUAACUCCUGGAUGUAAGAAUGUGGAGUUGGAAACACCACGAUUGAAGUUACGUCAGGUGCAAAGAGGGGAUUUGACGGGAAUAAGGAAAAUCAAGACUGAGCCUAUUGUACAGAAAACGCAACUAUACGGAGCUCCCACAUUGGGACUCAUUCAACCAGCCUUUCAAACUCGUUACAUUCGUUCAUCCAUUCCCUCGAAUUACUCAAAGGGAUACAGAGAAGAAUACAUAUUCGCCAUCACAGCUCGUAAUCCCGAUGAAAUCACUUUGAGUUCAGGUGAUCAACUCAAAGCUUCCAAUCGGAUUUCAGAUGCGAAAGGUUAUUUAGGAAAUAUAGCUCUUCGUUUGGAUCUACAUGGAAAUCUUUUCCCAAUUCCCGGUCAACCCGCUUUACAUCCCACGUUUCAACAAUGUGACGAAGCAGGAUUGACAGGAACCUUGUUUUAUGAAAUCCAUCCUCAACUCUGGGGACAGGGUUUGAUGAGGGAGGCAUUCCGAGAAGUAGUUCGAUUCGCCAUGGAAGAAGUGGGUUGUGAGAGUGUUUUGUCCGACCCAAUGGUAGGUAACGAAGCAUCUAUCAGACUUUGUCUGGCUAUCGGGAUGCACCUCAUAAAAGAAACCACAGAGAAUCCAUAUGGAAAACAUCAAUUGGUCCAUUCUAUCUCUCGAGCGGAGUGGUAUCGUCUCAACCGACCGGAACUCAAUCUGUCCGAGGUUGGGAAAGGUCAUUGGGGCGGAAAGGAGGUUUGUAGAUGGUGUUUAAACCCGAGAUUAUGGAAUCCGGUCGUAGGUUGUAAAUGCGGUUGGGCGAGGUAUUGCUCACGGGAGUGUCAGAGGGCAGACUGGGUCUGGGUCGGGGGACAUGGGACGGAGUGUACUAGUAACCAGUAGAAGUAUACAAAGUAGAUAUCUGGCGGUUUGAUCCUGUGUAGAUGAUCAAUGCUUGUAACAUGGUUCUGGAUAUGUGUGCAUUUCCGACAUUUCAAUUC